AGUGUAUGCAUAUUCUGUCUGUUUAUCGAGUGUCCAGCUUAGUUUUACAGUACUUGUUUCUUUCCAUCCCCAACGGUUUGUAUUUCUUUUGUGCAGUGAUGACACCCUUCUUGAUGACAGGUUGCUUUCGGCCUGACAGGCCCAAAAUCAGAGCUCCACAUUGCCAUCUUUUUUGGAAGACCUUGAAUCUUUAUGAUGUAUCAGAAUUGGGUUUUUUUAGCCAGCACUUCACGUUUCUACCCAAACUGUCAAAGCAUGCAUUUUGCAUUGCGGUUCUCCCCAGCUUCUUGUGCACCUCCUCGCUGGCAGAGCACGGGAAACUGGAAAGUUCUUGGUUUAAAGUAAGCACUGCUUAAGCACAGCCAACACAUUGGUGUGUUGCCAACAUUAUUGGCACACUAAUCCAAAACACAGCGUUGUCCCAGCUACUAGGAUGAGCAUUAAUGCUAUCCCAGCUGCUGAGGUUUGGAAUAUUAGGCUUUUUUCCUGUAGCUACCUAGGUGUACAAAUCCUAGCAUAUUUACAUUCCCAUCCCUUAGGUACUUUGAGUCUGUAACAGCUCCUCAUUAAAGAAUAAUAUCCUGGAGACCAUCUGGCAAUGGCUAAGAACCGACUAUCCCAAACCUCAGCUUUUGUAAGAUAAUAAUGUUUUUUAAUUCAUAUAUCAGAUAGGUACACAGAGCCAGCUUUGGGAAUAAAUAUACUGUUAUGACAAUUCACUGACUCAGUUUAUAUUAAUUAGAAAGGAAUUGUCCUUAACAAAGCAAUGUACUUUCAAAAAGGAAAGAGUUAAAGAGGCAGGAUAUCCUUACCAAUUGGAAGUUGAUAGUCAUGAGUUUUAAAAUGUAUAGGUUUUGCUGAUGUUUCCCUGGGAAAGUUGGGCUUGUGUCAGAUGUGUUCUAGCAAAACUUUUAUUUCAAAGUCUAAAAGAAAACUUCACCUAGUAAAGGAAUUGGAUGCUAAUAGUUUCCAAGUUAGUAUUGCAGUUCUUAAAGGUUAUGUCCUUGGCUUAUGUCAUAAAAUCCAAAACUGAGAUUAGACCCUUAACAAAGCGAGGCUGGGGACAUCAGUCAGGUGAUGCAGGGCACGGUGCAAGGAGCAGUGAGCUGGCCCAGAGGGUGGCCUGACAUUUGCAUGCUUUAACUCUCAGCCCUCUCCAGAGCUAAGGAGAAAGCUUACCUGUCAGCAUUUUCCAUAUUGAUGUAGAAUUGUAUUUGGAAACCCUGUUUAUGUUUUGUUUGUUUUUUUGUGUUUGUUGGCUAUGAAAGAAAACAUGAAUGUGGAAAACUGCAAGUGAGCCUUUUAUUUACAGUCAGUAGUAUGUCGGAGAUGAAGAACAAUGUCUAAACUACUAGGCCUUAUUCCCCAAGUGGGGAGUUGUAGUGCAGUGUGCUGAUGUCUAUGCUUUAAUCAAGUUUAGGGAGAACAAUAGGAGGAAAAAUAGUUGGUAAUUUAAGAAUCCUGUAUAGCUGGGAGGGAGUUAUUUAAGAAUUGAGUCCAUUAGUUAGUAACAAUUGAAUCUAUAAUCUGGAAGCCAUUUCCCUUCAGGUGAACCAGUGUUUCUACUGCAUGAACAGUGAACACACAGCAGCUUGAAGCUGCCUGUAGUGUACAUUGAAUCCCUGGACUACUUGACUUUUAAAGCUACCUGCAGUGGAAGCCUGACAAAUAGAAAAAUACAACAAAGUGAAGAGAAAAUUUACUUCAUGAGAACUGAGCUCUGCUUUCAUUUGCUUUUAAAUUUAUUUGUAUUAGUAGCUGAUUAGUGUCAGAUCAUCUCUGUAGUCUGCUGUGGUGAAAUUUCUAGGUUAAGCCUGGAAAAAAUGAAACAGUUAAAAAGAAAAAGAAAAAGCAAUUUUAGUGUUCAGGAAACUCAAACUCUCCUUAAGGAAAUCAGAAAAAGGAGAGAAGUACUCUUUUCAAAGCAACUUAAUACAACAAUUAAUGAGAUGAAACGGAAAGCUUGGGAGGAAAUAGCAGAGUGUGUCAAUGCUGUAGGUGAAGGAGAGCAGAGAACAGGGACAGAAGUGAAAAGGCGAUACCUUGACUGGAGAGCACUCAUGAAGAGAAAACGUCUGAAUGCAAACAUCAAGGUAGUAGGUGCUGGGUUUCACCUUCCUUCAUCCAAUUUAGAUGACUCUCUCAAUGAAGACAUGGAUGAGAAAAUGGGAUUUGCAAUUGAAUCUAGUUUUGAGUGGCAAAAUAUCACUGACUUCAGAGAAGCUGGUGGAUCUUUAACAGAAAUCAAAGUAGAAGAGGAAGAGGAAGACCCGCAGAAUUUUGAAUUUCCUAUUGAGGAAGAAGAAGAAAUAUUGUCAUCAGUUCUGCCAGAUUCGAAAAAGGAAAAUGACCUACCAGACUUCCCUCACAUUGAAGAGUUCGGAAAUCUGAGCUCUGCUCAAGCUAGGCUAGCCUAUGAAGAUUCUCACUUGCUUAUAAAUCUGGAGAAGCAAAAGGUGGAGCUGGAGAAGCAGCGACUGGACAUCGAAGCCGAAAGGUUGCAAGUGGAGAAGGAGCGCCUGCAGAUUGAGAAGGAGCGGUUGCGGCACGUUGACCUGGAGCGUGAGCGCCUUCAGAUUGAGAAGGAGCGACUUCAGCUAGAGUGGGAGAAACUCAGGCUAGAGACUCUGCAUGCUGAAAAACCUGCCCUGGAAAAUGACCUCACGCAAACUGAAAAACCUAUCAUGCAGCCUCUGGAUCUAGAAACUGAAAAGUUAAAACUUGAAAAAGAACGUUUGCAGUUAGAGAAAGAGAGGCUGCAGUUCCUAAAGUUUGAGUCAGAAAAGCUGCAGAUUGAGAAGGAGCGCUUGCAAGUGGAGAAGGAGCGCCUUCGAAUUCAGAGAGAGGGUCACUUGCAGUGAACAUCUCAGCUAAGGUGUCAACGUUAGUGUUUUGAUGUUUCUAAAUUAGAAGUAGUUCUUUCCUUGAUACUGAAACUGUCCUAGAGGCUUAACAUUCUUCUGUUCAGAGUUGAAUGUUGAUGUUAAACUGAAAAAAAAAAUGGUGCUCAAUAUGUCAGUGUGCCUACAUAAAUGACCUUAUGUGUGAAGUUGCUUUUCAAUGUAUCAGAACUUAAGUGUUACGUUCUCUUGUCUUCAGUAUUGUGCUGUAUUAGUUUGGUGUCCUUCCCUCAUAGGGGCCUUGAGAAGAGUCCAGGCUGAACCUUGUACUUUUUGUCACUAUACUAACAGGAAGGAAGGAUCAGAAUAAAUCAUUGUUUGCUGUGAGGAUAUAGUGCUGACAAUAGCCUAUAUGGUAAAGAAGUAUAAUUUCGGCAGAACACAGGAAUACGAAGUCAUUAUGAGAGCGAUUCAUUACAUUUUAUUCCCUCCCCCCCUUUUUUUUCUCCAUCCCCAUAAUUGGGGAAAAACAGUUGAAGAGUUAUCUAGAAGUUAAAGUGCAAGUUAAAUUCAUUGCAGUUGUGUUCACUGUUGUUCCAUGGCUUGAACUGAAUGGGAGUGCAGAAAAUAGGUUUGAGUUUUUAUGGUGGUUCUUUUUUUGUGACAUAUUCAUAUUAGGCAGAGUUACACAUUGGCCAUACACACUAUCACCAGGCCAUUAAUAAUGCUGCAUGGAGUAGAGCACCUGUGUUAGCAUAGGACAGGGAUUUACUGGUUGAUCAGGCGUGCUGUCUAAUGAGUCUGAUGACCCUCUGAAGGAAAUUGCUAGACCUUGUUUGUCCUUGGAAGGCAGUAGCUGGUGAUAGGAAUCUCAGAAAUGGAGACUGAGCACAACCCAAGAACCUCUGAGCUUGAACACUUCUACACUCAUUGCUGGUUCUGCCUGGCCAGUGCCAAGGUCUGGCUGCAAGGCAGCCAGAAGAGACUUCUGUGGCUCUCUGUGUAAUAUAUUUUAAUUAAACAAACGGAAAUGGUCAGUGCUGAAGGCUGUUAGUUUUUUUCGUAGGCAAUGUAGUCAUAUAACAAAAAAAAAAAAAAGCCAAGGAAGGAAGCUUUCUAUUAUUUCAUAUAGGUUUAAAUCCCAUCUGAGCCAGACUUCACCUCUCUCAUGCCAGUAACUGUCUUGUUAACUCCAUUGGAAAUGUAGAACUAUGGGAAUACUAAGUCUAAACAUAUGUUGAGUGACUUAGGUGAAUUUGUGUGCAAGUAAAUAAUAUUUAUACCACUACAGGUUUACUUUUAUUCUGCAAAGAUUAUUUUUUUAUUACUGAAACAAGUGUGCUUCUACAGUGGAAAUAAAUUUGACUACUACACUCCAAAA